AGAAGUCAUACUCUCGCUGAAGGUCAAGUUUCUGCUCAAACACAAAUAACUUCACCAGGUCCGCCUGGCCCACCAGCUUUCUCCGGUCAUGGAGAUCCUCAAGUUCCAUCCGAUUACCGACGAACCACAGUAGAGCAAGGAGAAGAAACGGCAAUUGACGGAAAAACGAUAGCAGUGCCGCGAAGUUGGAUGCCAAGAAUGGACGAAUCUAUACUACAUCCUCCAGAGCCACCUCCACGUCCACAAGAAGCAUUAGAAGACACCACUAAAACUAUAGUACGAGGACGAGCCAUCAACAACACAUCCGAUAUAACAGAGUUCCAACUACAUCAACCACGAGGGCCGUUGCAACCACAUCCACAUCCACAAGAGACAAGUGUAGGAUCUGGAUGUACAAAGGAGAUCGCAACUGAA